AUGGUAAACGAACAAAAGCUUACCUCCCUCCAAACUUCUAUCAAGCACCUUGUUGAGCAAUCCAAAGAUGCAGAUCCACCUUAUGCAGCACUCCUUUUGAACCUGUGCGAAACUGUUGCUGAGUUGUCUACUGAAGUGGCGGAGCUAAGAAGUCAACUUCGCAGUCAGAAUCAGAUCGAGCAAACGUCUCUUGAUGUGGAGGCUUCUCAAAGACCACAGGACUCAUCAGAGCAUGUUGCUACAGAUACCAACCUUUUGAAGCUUCACGAGAUCACAAGAAGUUUUAAAGAUAGCCAGCAAGCAAAGAUGAUAGUUCCUCAGAAGAAUUUAGCCUCUGUUCCUGAUACAACUCACGCUCCUACAGAGUUUUACAUACUCAAGGAUGACGGUAUAUAUCAGUGCAAAUCAUGUGACCGUUCUUAUGAUCAUUUGACUGCCAUGUAUAAUCAUUAUAAGUCAUUUCAUGUCAAGCAUAAAAGGCCCUUUGAUGAUGGAAAGCAAGGUGGGGGGUCAGUUUCCUCUGGUGGAUUGAAUAAUGAUAUGGCAGAAAACGAACAGGGGGAGAACGAUAAAAUACCUAUUGACCAGGUGGAAGGUAACAAUAGGGAUGAUGAUGACAGUGAUGAUGAUGAUAUUGAUGACGAAGAAAAUGAGGAGGAAGCAGAGAAAGAUGCUGACGACGAUGAAGAGUAUGUCUACACAUCUUCCAAGAACUCAAUUCCCUCUAGAGGCAUCAAUAAACCCAAAGUGCCUUCCACCAAAGGUAAAAAGAGGGCUUUGUUAUACACGAGACUUGGGACCCGUUAUAGAUGUGAUGCAUGUUACCAUGAUGAGCAAGAUGUCAUCUUCAACAAUUAUCCAAUGCUGUACAAUCAUAUCAAGGCGAAACAUUUUGAACAAUUGACAAAUCAAGCCAAUUAUAAGGGCAAACGAGUACGUAAGGAGCCUGCUAAGAAAAAGCCUUCUUCUAGGAGAAAACUAAAAUACUCCAAGGUGGACGACGAAUUCCGCUGUGAUGCCUGCCAAGAACAACAUGGUAAGUUAGUAUUGAUCAAGCAUUACCCUAUACUAUACCAGCACAUCAAGAUCAAUCAUCCUGAACAGUUUGAAGGCUUGAAGACUAAAAGUGAUGGUUCCUCAAUGUACAGUUUACAUGAAAUUGAAGAUGGGCUUGGGUUUGAAGAGAUUCAAAAGCUUGUCGCUGCAGGUGAAUUACUCAAGAACAAAAGUCGUCGUGGAAGACCUAGUGGGAUCUUAAACAACUAUUAUUUGCGACUUCCAAACAACCAGUUUUAUUGUAAAGAAUGCCAAGGCAGAUUUGGCUCUUAUCAAUCAGUGUACUUGCACUUAAAAACUCAACAUGAGAUAUCUAACGACACAAUACCUACAACAAAUGCGACCGUAGCGGGCCCAACACAAACACAGGUUGAAACGAGUGUAGCAACAGGAGUAAAUCCACAUUUUGAGCCGGAAAAGUUUUCCAGUCCCAGGAAAGAAGUUGGAGUGAUAGAAACAAUUCUUGCACACUCAGACGACCUUGAGCAUUCCAUUUCAAGCGAAAUUCAAAGUCAAUUUUCUCAAUAA